UUCAGCAACGUCCCUGAGCGUCUCAAUCUUUCCUCUAACGCAGUCAACGCUCGUGAGGAACAAGUUAUUUCAAUAUCGUUUUUGAAUAACAACCUCACCAAAAAAGAAACAAAAGAAAACAAAAUAAUGUUUAAAACGUGCCAGUUGGUAAUUUUAUGCGCUUUGUUCGUAUUUACUGUCGCGAAUGAAUCGACUUUGGAAAAUCCAAUAGUGGAAGCACCCGUUGGAAAGAUUCGAGGAUCUAUCUUAACUUCGAGAUUAGGCAGAAAAAUUUAUUCGUUUCGAAGUGUAAGAUAUGCAGAACCACCAGUCGGUGAAAGAAGAUUUCAGGUUGCAACUCCAGCAAAAGAUUGGCAUCAUAUAUUCGAUGGUACCCAGGAAGGACCUGCUUGUCCUACUUUAAGUAGGACACCUAUAUCCGAGGAUUGUUUACGAUUAAAUGUCUACACGACCAAAUUACCAUCGGAAAAUGCAAAAGGCAAGAAUUUCAAAGGUCGUCCAGUUCUUGUCUUUUUCCAUCCUGGUGCAUUCUAUUCCUUUUCUGGUCAAUCUCGAUAUUUUGGACCACAAUAUAUCUUGGACAAGGACAUUGUUUUAGUGACAUUAAACUAUCGAUUGGGAACUUUGGGUUUCCUUGCCACAGGGGAUUCCUAUGCACCAGGAAAUGCUGGUCUUAAGGAUCAAGUUUUAGCACUUCGUUGGGUUCAAAGAAACAUUGAAGCAUUCGGAGGUGAUCCGAACUGUGUUACUAUUGGUGGUUAUAGUGCUGGAGCUACCAGCGUACUGUUACAUAUGUUAUCACCCAUGUCAAAGGGUCUUUUUCACAAAGCAAUUGUCAUGAGUGGUUCACCUACGAAGUUAAAACCCUACGAAAGAGAUCAGAUAGGUUUGGCUAAAAGACAAGCAGAAUUGUUGGGUUGCCCGACAGAGACAACGGAAUCUAUGUUCAACUGUUUUAAAUCUCAACCAGUCGAACGUUUCAAUGAAACAUUAUCGAAAUUUUUCGAAUAUGGUGGUGAUCCGGUGAAUAUAUGGUUACCGGUUAUUGAACCAGAAGUAAAUGGGGUUGAAAGAUUUUUAACUGAUCAACCUGUUGAUUUGAUCAGAGAAGGCAAAAUCAAUGAAGUUCCUUUGAUUAUUGGUACAACUACAGAAGAAUUUGGUAGAGUGGCCUUUGUUAUCGAUAAAAGAGUACAAGCGGGAAACACUACGUCAUUCCGUAAUCUAAACACAAAAUGGAAUAGCAUAGCUCCAAUUAGUUUUCAAUACGAAAGGAAUACACCUCGUUCGAAUAACAUUAGUCAAGAAUUGAGAAAAUUUUAUUUCGGAAAUGAACCAAUUGGUACACAAUCAUACGACGGAUUAGCUCACAUUUACUCCGAUAGCAUUGAAAUAUUCCCAGUGCAUCGUGUCACAAAACUUAUGGCUGAUAAUAGCAAAUUUCCAGUCUAUGUCUACCAAUUUUCAUAUAGAGGACGUUACAGUUUCGCUAUGUGGAAUGAUACAACACCAUACAAAGGACCCGUUCAUCACGAUGAUCUGCAAUACUUAUUUUACAUGAGUGCACUUUUUCCUUUUUACAACGGAUCUGAUCCGGAAAUUCCAAUGAUCGAACGUAGUACCGCAAUGUGGGUAAAUUUCAUGCAAACUGGUGAACCAAUUCCGGAAGAUAACGAAUUGUUUAAGAACGUUAAAUGGGAUAGAUUCGAAACGGUUAAGGAUAACUAUCUGGAUAUUAAUUUAAAUCCAACUAUGAAGCAAGGUAUUUUUCCUGAAAGAAUGGCUGUAUGGGAAAGAUUAUUCCCUUUGCCUCCAUUGCCUCAUUGUAUCGAUAAUCAAAGUAAUCAAACAUACGGACUUUCAUUGUCCUUCAACAAUUAUAUGAAGAGUAUAAAUGCUUUACCAGUGACUGCGAAUGUUUCAAUCUUUCCUCGAGCGUACUCGAGUCAAACUAUCAAUAAAAAAGUAAUUCCUCUACACGACAGAUGUAACAAGAUAGAAAAAUUAAAACGAUUGUUAGUUGAACAAAAAAAGAACAAGAACGAAAAUAUUUUCCAUAAAAAAAAAAAAGGGAAAAUGUUUGGAACGUACCGAUUCAUCAUUUUGUGCGGGUUGUUCGUUUUUACGAUCGCGAAUGAAUCGACUUUGGAAAAUCCAAUAGUUGAAGCACCCGUUGGAAAAAUUCGUGGAUCUAUCUUAACUUCGAGAUUAGGCAGAAAAAUCUAUUCGUUCCGAGGUGUAAGGUAUGCAGAACCUCCAGUCGGUGAAAGAAGAUUUCAGGUUGCAACUCCAGUAAAAGAUUGGAAUGAUAUACAAGAUGGUACACAAGAAGGACCUGCUUGUACUACUUUAAGCAAGACACCUAUAUCCGAAGAUUGUUUACGUUUAAAUGUCUACACGACCAAGUUACCAUCGGAAAAUGCAAAAGGCAAGCAUUUCAAAGGUCGUCCAGUUCUUGUCUUCUUCCAUCCUGGUGCAUUCUACAUCUUUUCUGGUCAAUCACGAUUUUUCGGACCAGAAUAUAUCACGGACAAAGAUAUUGUCUUGGUGACGUUGAACUAUCGAUUGGGAACUUUGGGAUUCAUUAGUUCAGGAGAUUCCCACGCGCCAGGAAAUUUGGGUUUGAAGGAUCAAGUCGUAGCACUUCGUUGGGUUCAAAGAAACAUUGCAGCAUUCGGAGGUGAUCCGAACUGUGUUACUAUUGGUGGUUAUAGUGUUGGAAGUGUCAGUGUAUUGCUACAUAUGUUAUCACCGAUGUCAAAGGAUCUAUUUCACAGAGCAAUCGCGAUGAGUGGUUCUGAUGUUGGCUUGGAACCAUAUCCGAAAGAUCAAAAACAUUUAAUCAAGAAACAAGCAGAAUUGUUGAAUUGUCCAACAGACACGAUAGAAUCUAUGUUGACCUGUCUGAAAUCAAAACCAGUAGAAAAUUUCACCGAAACUAUGUCGAAAUUUUUCGAAUAUUAUGGAGAUCCGAUUAUGAUAUGGUCACCGGUAGUUGAACCAGAAAUAGAUGGUGUUGAAAGAUUUUUAUCUGCUCAACCUGCCGACUUGAUAAGAGAAGGUAAAAUCAACAAAGUUCCUCUCAUCAUUGGUUUUAACCAAGAGGAAUUUGGUGGAGUGGUAUAUGGUAUCGAUAAAAGAGUACAAGAAGGAAAUACUUCGAUACUCGAUAAUCUAAAUACAAAAUGGAAUACCAUUGCUCCCAUUAGUUUCAUGUAUGAAAGGAAUACACCUCGUUCGAAUUAUAUUAGUCAAGAAUUAAAACAAUUCUAUUUCGGAAAUGAAACAAUUGGUACACAAUCAUACGAUGGAAUAGCUCACAUCUACGCUGAUAGCGUUAUCAUAUUCCCGGUGUAUCGUGUAACAAAACUUAUGGCUGAUAAUAACGUACUUCCAGUCUAUUCCUACAAAUUUACAUAUAAAGGACGUUUCAGUUUUUCAAUGUGGAAUGAUACCACUACAUACAAAGGUCCUGUACACCACGAUGAUUUACAAUACCUAUUUUACAUGAGUGCGAUUUUCCCUUAUUUCAAUCAAUCUGACCCAGAAGUAGCAAUGGUUGAAAUUUAUACUACAAUGUGGACUAAUUUCGUGCAAACUGGUGAACCCAUUCCAAGGGAUAACGAAUUGUUUAAAAAUGUCGUGUGGGACAGAUUCGAAUCGUCGAAGGAAACUUAUUUAGACAUCAAUCUAUAUCCCAUGAUGGAACAGGGUAUCUUUCCUGAAAGAAUGGCUUUAUAUGAAAGAUUAUUCCCUUUGCCACCACUGCCUUGUUCUAUUGAAAAUCAAAGUAAUCAAUAAAAUCUUGACAGUUAUAACUAUGAUAAAAAAUAAUCUUUGUUACAUACUUAAAUGAUCAAUAUAACUCAUAUUACUGUAAUUUAUCUACAGAAGUAUAACAAACUAAACAAUAGAAAUAAAACUAAUACGAUUCAUUGACAAAAAA